AAAUGAAAGAGCUUUAAAAUACCAACCACGAAACUGUUUCAGCUUUCUCGUUUUUGCUUCCAUUAAUUCGGUACUUUGGUACUUUUUAGUAUUCCAUAAUAUUUAAAUUUUUUUUUUUUUUCAGAUUCAAAAAUGUCGAGUACCGGAUUGCCCGAGCCUUGGAUUUUAAAAAUUUCCCGAUCAAGGAAUCGUCCUUAUUUCUUUAAUCCACAAACUCAAGAAUCUUUAUGGGAGGCUCCUCCGUCUACGAACAUGGAUGCUUUGCGUCAGUUUAUGGACAAGGAGUUUUCUGUCCCAAAAUCGACAGGUUUAGAAGCACCCUCUUCUCCAAAGGUCCGGGUUAGUCAUCUACUAGUGAAGCACAGGGAAAGCCGUCGACCAAGUUCUUGGAGAGAGGAACAUAUUACCCGCAGCAAAGAAGAAGCUUGGGACAGAAUCCAUUAUUUCCUCAACCUCAUCAAAGAGGGUACAAUAAAUAUUAACGACCUCGCUGCUAAAGAAUCAGAUUGCAGUUCGGCUCGUCGAGGAGGUGAUUUGGGAUUCUUUGGAAGAAACGAAAUGCAAAAACCGUUUGAGGAUGCCGCUUUUGCUUUACAGCCAGGACAGUUAAGUCCAGUCGUUGAAACAAACAGUGGUUUUCAUAUAAUCCAACGUACAGCUUAAAUCUGUAAUGCUCAAUCUAUUUCUAUUGCUCUCUGACAUGUCGAAAACAAUGAUUUCAAAGUAUAUGACUAUGGUUUAAUGAAUAAAGGCUUUUUUUCUCUCAAUCAACUAUUUAG